UUUGGAAUAAAACACUCCUGAAGCAAAAACUAUUGAUGGAACUCAAGGUGCGUAACUUCACGCAUUGAACAACAUCAAUAAGGGUCAACUACUUUUGAGAAUGAUGCGGUUGUCAACCCUACAAACAUGGAAAAUUAAAUGUGGGAUCGGUAUCACUGGAGUCUCGCUGCUGCUGUUACAGUAUUUAAGAUCCAACAACAUGGUUUAUACAUCUUUUGUUUCUAUGCCUGACCCAUGUACUAAACCUAGAAGGAAAACCGGCGUAGAAGAUCUUCUCUGUAUGGAACCUCCACAAUUUUUUAAACAGUAUAAAAACCCAUGUUGGAUGUAUAAAGAAACAUUUCGUUGCCUGCCGUAUUUUCACCUGAUUGGUAAUGCUAAAUGCGGCACUACAGAUUUCUUCCAACGGAUAAAUUUACACCCAGACAUACUACCAAACACGGGAUUCUUUCAAAAAGAGACUUACUAUUGGUCAAGAUCAAGAUUACGCCUGCGUAAAUCGAAUGGCGAGUUUGUUCCACUGAAAACAUUCGAACAAUUUACAGAUUUCUUCAGAGGGCCUGACAUUAGAGAGAGCGCCACUGAAAAUGGAUAUCAUUACAAAAUAACAGGCCUGGGAGAUGCGGUGGAUUUUUAUGAUCGAUCUGAUGAAGAAAACCUUCCUCAAAACACACCGGAUGCAGAGGAAAUAUUAUGGACGACUCCUCAUAUCAUCAAACAUAUACAGCCGAAUGUUAAACUGUUGCUUAUUCUUAGAGAUCCUAUAGAAAGAUUGUAUUCACAUUAUUUCCAUGGCCGGUUCGGCGAUUCUUCAUUGACUUUUCACAAUCACACUGUGCAGUCGAUCGGGAUUUUGCAAGAAUGUUUCAAGCUUCAUUCUGUAAGACAUUGUUUAUUUUCCAAGUCAGUGACAGACAACCUGAAGAUGCCGAUCUAUGCAAGCUUUGAUAUAGUUCAUCUUAGGGAAUGGUUAAAAGCGUUUCCACGAGAACAAAUCAUGAUAUUUAGAACGGAAGAUUUCACAAAAAAUAUUCAAGGAUAUUUGAUUCAAGUUUUUAAAUUUCUUGAUAUAUCUGUACCAAACAACACGAUUUUGCAAAAGAUGUCAUCAAUGCCACACUUCCGGAUAACCUAUGACAAAAUUAAGGCUGGACCUAUGUUACCUGAAACUCGAAACCUGUUGAAAAAGCUUUUUCAACCCUUUGUCAGUGAGCUGGCAGCGUAUCUCCAUGACGACAGAUAUUUAUUUUGCGACACAAACUUUUGCUGAAUGGUAUUAUGUUAUGGUAAAAUAUUACCGAUUCCUAUUAUCGUUAUUUUCAUUAAUUUCGUAUAAAAUUAACAAAUCGUCUGACGCAACACUUGCAAAUUUAUAAAUAUCCUCAAAAUUCUAGCGAGUGCAUUUUUGAAAGUUUAUAUACUUUUAGUACAAAUGUUGGCAUUCAGUAGCUUUGCAUUAUGGUAACUUGAAAAUGUAUUCUAUUUACGAUCUAUCCAUAUUUUAAUCAAGUAAAAUAUAUCAAUAAAUAGCAUAAAAAUGAGAUUAAAACGGCAAUUUUAUUUUCAACUACUACAACAAGAAUAAAACAAUCAGCAAAUAAUAAAAUCAGUCGUAAUUUUGUGAAAAUUAUCUGCGCCACUAUUUUCUUAUAACCUCAAUAUAUUUUAAACAUUUGUUUUUCUUUUAUUAUUAUUAUUGUUAUUAUUAUUAUUUGUAAUUUUAUCACUUUUGAUAUUUGCUCAAGUUUUAAUACUAUGAAAUUUAAGUAUGUUUUGACAACAUAAUGUGUUUAAAGUGUGGAAAAUGUCAGUAUGGGAUUGAAAACACAUUUGUGCUAAAUGUGGCAAAUUUCAAUAUGUUAAUGACAACACACUGUGCUAAAAGUAUGAUAAAUUUCAAUAUGAUAUUGAUGAUAGGCUGUGCUAAAAUUUUGGUAAAUUGCGCAAACUUAUCGUAAAUAACAUUUAAUGUAUUAGCAAAAUAAAUGUUGCGUUAUCUGUUUGUUAAAUGUCUUAAUUUUUCAUUUAUUUGUAUUGUUUGAUAAUCAGUGACGCUAUAUGAAUGUCAUGUAAUUCUGCAAGACGUAACUAUAAUAAGUUUAGGUUCAUAUAACUGAAUUUUGUGACCAUUGUGCUAUACAUUUAGACAUUAUUGUAGUAAUACAGUGUGUAUAAAAUGUGUUCAAGAUGAGGCUAAUCCAACUCUUCUCAAAAUAUUGUAAUACUAGACUAGUAUUGUUUGUGAAUACAAGAUAAUGUUGAAAAAGAUAUUAACGCAUAUGUAAAAUAAUCUAUCUAAUGUUGUACAUCACAUACAUGGAGGAAAACCGCAGCUCAUGUCUUAAUGUUUCAAGAACACACAAUUGUCACAUGGUGCUUUUAAGCAGGAGAAGUGGUCAUAUUUUGUAACAGUAAAAGGUUAUUAAAAGAAAACUGAAUGAUGAAAAUGGGUUAGAAGUUUUUACUAGCAGGUUUAUAUCCACGUACAUACAUAAACAAUAACAAGUAGACAAGGUUAAGCGUAAAAUAAAAGGAGCACACUGGAGCUGCGUCCAGGCACAGUCAGACACAAGACAGUUGUGGGGAAUUAAAACAUAUGCACCAAACCGUCACUCCUUGCAGUGUCACAAAAAUAUGAAUGAAAUUGAAUUAGUAACCUUCAUAGAAAUCUCUAACACAAGCAAUGAUUAUAUAAAAUACUCUUGUAAAUAACCUUUGAACUUUAUACGCCUGCAUUCAAUACAUUUACGUAGGCACAGGAACCAGAGAAAUAUCUUUUAGGGCCCACCGAAACAGAUCAGGAGACAAAUAAUUUCUUUUGGCUUUAAUAAUUGCUGAUCGAUCAUGAAUUUGAAAAAUAUUCUGUCAAAUACAAUCAAACAGGAAAACGUUGCUUAAUUGUAAAAGAGAUGAACACCAGACUUGUUGUAUGUCUAAAGAUAGUUGGGUUUUAACAUAUUUUUUAUAAAACGUUUUAUAAUUCAUCAAACAGAUCGAAGUCUGUAUAUAAUUUCCCCUUUAAAGUCAAUUAUUGAUACCAGGCUAGAUUAAUUUAUUCAGUUUGAGUAAAGACAGACAUAGGCAGUUCUGAAAGUACAUAACACAAAUUCAAAAGUAAAUGGAAAUCCAGUGUACGACAAUGUAGAUACCUUAUAUAAUAAAUAAUACUAUUUCCAAGACGACAUCAGUAAGUUAACUGGAGUGCCUCUUUACAGAGGAGAACGUUUCAGCGACUAAUAAAAGUCUUCACAGACAUAUUCCUGAAUCGGAAUGUAAAGGUUUUGUCAUACUAUUUGUUACACAGAAAUAAUCUGGAUAACGUGAUAGAGAAAAUCUAUAUUAAGAUUUGAUUUAACAGAGAAUAAUACUACAACUAAUUGCAUAUUUAAUCAUAUGUACUAUUUAGAAUAUAUGUUUGAUAAAGCUCAAUUACAAUGUAUUCUAUACUUUUAUUGGUUUUUCACAGGCGGCUUACACAGAUUUACGUAAAGCUUGUUCAAUGUGUGACCAGGAUGCUGGUAUCCAUUCAUGAAAAAUUUAAAAUCUUGUGUUGAACUAUUUUUAAUUAUAAGUUUAUCCAAGCUUUUCGGUGUAAAACCUGGAUGUGCAAAAAUUCGAUAAAGAUAUUUUUAUAACAUAUCAUGGUAAUCAGUUCAAAGAUUUGUUUUUUUAAGCAUUAACUGUGCCGUUUAAAAAGUCCCAAUGUCAGUGUAAAGAGAAUGAGGUACUAAAUAUAUUAAAGACAAAAUAUUGAUUUAGGCUAAAAGGAAUUGUUGUGACCCAUUGUUUACAUUCCAACCAUUACGGGUAUAUUUCUAUAAAGCAGCAAACUUUUUAUUCUUUAACUUUCAUAAUGACCUUUCUUACGAUGGUCAUUUAGCUAGCUUCUAAUUUAUUUGUAUUACAGGGGAGAAGAGGUGUAAAUACUUAAUUUGUUUUCUUCAAGAACAGCUCCAUUUGUAAUUGCAUGUAAUACAUUAUACUUCUUGCUCAACCAGUUCUUUUUUCAAUAUAUUCGAUUUGUUAUGCAUAUGUGCAUUCCUUUGCGGAAAAGGUCAUUUUCAAUCCGAGUAUGGUUUCAGGGAAUUAAGUUUUAGGUAGAAAAACGUUUUUGAUUAUCAUAGUUAUACAGAAUGUUCAUGUAUUAGUCAGGACCCUGAGCACCCUGAGCAGCACAAAGUCGCGCCGUCAAUGAAAUUUAGUGCCCACAAGUAAUGCAGAAGACAACGACUGUUCAAAACAGCUACAAUUACCAGCUGGCCAGUGAAUAGCCAAGGGUCCUGGCUAUAUGUAUGUGACAUGUUUAGAAAAUAUUUUUGAUCAUAAUUGUUGCAGUUAAAGUAUGAAAAUAUGUUUACUUCUUUGAUGCAAUUACCGUAGUUAAAGGGUUUAUGAUAGAAAUACAAUGUUUUGUAAUACAUUACUUAUUUAUACUGAGAUUAUGAUAUUCCCAUUUGCAUCUACAACCGGUGGUUUAUUAUACCUUAUAUAAUAAAUAAUACUAUUUCCAAGACGACAUCAGUAAGUUAACUGGAGUGCCUCUUUACAGAGGAGGACGUUUCAGCGACUAAUAAAAGUCUUCACAGACAUAUUCCUGAAUCGGAAUGUAAAGGUUUUGUCAUACUAUUUGUUACACAGAAAUAAUCUGGAAAACGUGAUAGAGAAAAUCUAUAUUAAGAUUUGAUUUAACAGAGAAUAAUACUACAACUAAUUGCAUAUUUAAUCAUAUGUACUAUUUAGAAUGUAUGUUUGAUAAAUCUCAAUUACAAUGUAUUCUAUACUUUUAUUAAUUUUUCACAGGCGGUUUACACAGAUUUACGUAAAGCUUGUUCAAUGUGUGACCAGGAUGCUGGUAUCCAUUCAUGAAAAAUUUAAAAUCUUGUGUUGAACUAUUUUUAAUUAUAAGUUUAUCCGAGCUUUUCGGUGUAAAACCUGAAUGUGCAAAAAUUCGAUAAAGAUAUUUUUUAUAACAUAUCGUGGUAUUCAGUUCAAAGAUUUGUUUCUUCAAGCAUUAACUGUUCCGUUUAAAAAGUCCCAAUGUCAGUGUAAAGAGAAUGAGGUACUAAUUAUAUUAAAGACAAAAUAUUGAUUUAGGCUAUAAGGAAUUCUUGUGGCCCAUUGUUUACAUUCCAACCAUUACGGGUAUAUUUCUAUAAAGCAGCAAACUUUUUAUUCUUUAACUUUCAUAAUGACCUUUCUUACGAUGGUCAUUUAGCUAGCUUCUAAUUUAUUUGUAUUACAGGGGAGAAGAGGUGUAAAUACUUAAUUUGUUUUCCAAGAACAGCUUCAUUUGUAAUUGCAUGUAAUACAUUAUACUUCUUGCUCAACCAGGUCUUUUUUCAAUAUAUUCGAUUUGUUAUGCAUAUGUGCAUUCCUUUGCGGAAAAGGUCAUUUUCAAUCCGAGUAUGGUUUCAGGGAAUUAAGUUUUAGGUAGAAAAACAUUUUUGAGUAUCAUAGUUAUACAGAAUGUUCAUGUAUUAGUCAGGACCCUGAGCACCCUGAGCAGCACAAAGUCGCGCCGUCAAUGAAAUUUAGUGCCCACAAGUAAUGCAAAAGACAACGACUGUUCAAAACAGCUACAAUUACCAGCUGGCCAAUGAAUAGCCAAGGGUCCUGGCUAUAUGUAUGUGACAUGUUUAGAAAAUAUUUUUGAUCAUAAUUGUUGCAGUUAAAGUAUGAAAAUAUG